UGAUGCGUGUUCAUUGUCACUUUGUGUUGUUGUUGUUGUUUACACUUUUUAUUGUUUGAAUUUUGAGUUUCGAGAUUUUUCUUUUAAGAAUUCUUCAAACAUUUUCUUUUCUAAACUAAAUUUGAUUGAAUCGAGAAUUAUGUCUUUUGCAAAUCACAUUGAACCGAUGCAAUUGGAUGCAUCAAUCGAUGUUGAUGUCGAUGUUGAUGAUGGUAGUGAUCUAUCGAAUUCGGAUAAUAAUAAUUUUCAUAUAAUUGAUUCGGCACCAUUCGAAGUUGAAACAUAUGCAAGUCAAUAUUCUGGCCAUGGAAAAUUGAUACGUUUAAUGUAUAUUGCUGAUCAUUGUCCACCGUUACAAAUAGAUGCAUUGGAACAAGCAAUGAAAUAUGUUAAAACACAUACAUAUAAUGUAUCGAUGUAUUUGAAAAUACAUGGUAAAUUGGUUGCAGCUCAAACUAAUGGUCAACAACAAUCUUCAGGUGAACAACAACAUUCGAAUGUUGUUGUUGAACCAUUGGAUAAUGGUUGGAUUGAAAAACAAACAAAAUUAUCGCAAAUUAUAUUCGAAAAAUUGGAAACCGAUUUGAAAAAUUAUAAAACAAAUUCGAUUAAAGAAAGUAUUCGUCGUGGACAUGAUGAUCUUGGUUCACAUCAUCUACUUUGUGGUGACCUGACCAAUGCAUUAAAAUAUUAUACACGUUCACGUGAUUAUUGUAUGGGUGAUCAUCAUUUGUUUACAAUUUUUUUGAAUGUUAUCAAAUUGAAUAUUUAUCUUCAGAAUUGGUCACAUGUUGGUUCACAUAUACAGAAAGCUGAAGCUGGAGAAUUCAGUACAAAUCAAACGAAUAAAUCGAAAAUCAAUUGUAUUGCUGGCCUAUUGAAUUUAGUUCAUCGUGAUUAUCGACAAUCGGCCGAACGUUUUGUUAAAUCACAUAUUGAUGAUCUUAAAUCAUUGAAUGAUAUUAUGUCACCGAAUAAUGUUGCCAUUUAUGGUGGUCUUUGUGCAUUGGCCACAUUCGACCGUGAUGAACUUCGUAAAAAAGUCCUACAUAAUUCGGAUUUUCGUCUAUUUUUAGAAUUAGAACCACAACUACGUGAAGCUAUUAGUCGAUUUCUGGAAUCAAAAUAUCCUGAUUGUUUAAAAUUAUUGGAUGAAUUAAAAGAUGCUUUUAUGCUCGACAUAUAUUUGGCCACUCAUGUUAAAAAACUAUAUAAUCUUAUUCGUAGCCGUGCAUUGAUUCAAUAUUUUACACCAUAUUUAUCGGCCAAUUUAAAUCGUAUGGCAUCAGCAUUUAACACUUCUGUCUUGGCACUUGAAGAUGAAUUAAUGCGUCUAAUUUUGGAUGGUAUGAUACAGGCACGAAUUGAUUCACAUAAUAAAAUACUUUAUGCCAAAGAUACUGAUCUACGAUUAUCAACAUUUGAAACAGUGAUGGAAAAAGGACGUGAUUGGCAAAUGAAAGCAACUAGUUUAAUUUUACGUACUGCUUGUGCUAGAAAUGGAAUGAUUACUAUUCGACAAUCAUCAUCAUCUUCGAAUAAUAAUUAUACACAAACACAAUCGAAUAAUACAUCGACAACAACAACAACAACACCAUUAUCGUUUGGCCAGAAAACAACAACCACAAACAAUUCAUCAGGAAUUAUGAAUCUAGGUUCGCCAAUAACAUCAAAUGAAUUAUCAUCCUUUCAACAUCAUCAUCAUAAUUCAUUAUCAUCUACACAGAAUCCGAAUCAAACACCAUUAUCACCUGGAAAUUCAAUGGUAUCUUGUUCACCUUCAUCACCGCCACCAUCAACAUUACAACAACCACCAUCUUCCAUCACAGAUAAUGGUAGUGGUGGCUGUACAACUGAUCUUUAAUCUUCAGAUAACCAAAAGAAUUACUGGAUUUAAACAGAAUUUUGCCAGUUUUAAUUGGCCAGAUUUUUUUUUCUCAUUAUUUCUAGAACAUUAAUUG